AAGCAUUCGAAGUCAGCAAGCUGAGAUAUCAGUAACACAAGUGUUCCUUGCUAUUAAUAUAAAACUAAUUAAAAAUGUCGUUGAAGAUUGCAGCCCUUUUAAUCUGCCUUGCAGUAGUGGUCAAUUCACAAUAUUAUGGACAAAAAGAUGAUGACGAAAAGGGUCCCGUUAAAUAUGAAUUCAGUUACAGUGUAAAGGAUCCCAAAACAAAGGACAUAAAAAGCCAAAAGGAGACUCGCAAGGAUGACAAAGUUGAAGGCUAUUAUGAAUUGAUCGAUUCCGAUGGAAAACAGCGUAUCGUGAAAUACAAAUCCGAUAAAAAGACUGGAUUUGAAGCUAUAGUCGAGCGCAAGCCAACUAAUAUUAAAGUUCCAAUUCCAGUUCUUAAAUACGAAGACCAGCGAGACGAUUUGGAUGAAAAGAAAUACUAUUCGCUUAAUUAUUGAUAGACUGUUUUAAACAUUCAUCAUCAUGCUUUAUAUUUGCUAUGUCAUCUUCGGAGGCUGCUUAGUAGUCUCAAUCUCUCAUAUAUUCAAUUAUUGACUUAUUUACCCAUAAGUUGAUAAAGAAUACAAUCUUAAAUAUAAACUUAUAAUAAUCGUUUGCAGUACUGUGUAUAUAGAUAAGUUGGUGUAGAACGUAGUAAUUAUUUUUGAAUAAACAUGUUCAGCACAUCUAUAAUUUGGUGUUAAAAUACAAUACCAUUAAAAAU